AGACAGUCGAAGUUCUGAACGUCUGAUUGGUGGCUGGGUGGUCCGUGUCCUCUUUGUCCGGCAUUUCCCCCCUGUCCAAAAUUUCGAGGCCACGAUUCACUUGAGAGUUCCGAUAAUGCUAGAAUGAGCCCCCAGUCGCCACAUAACCUUAUACUAAACCAGCUGUUGUGUGGUUUCGCCUCCCCAUGUGAAUCGUUCUCUGAUGUGCUCAUGAUCCUUUUGCACUAGAGUAUUGAAUGGGCUUUCUUCUCUAUAUUUGCCAUUCUCUCCCAGGCUUUUCUGUCCUUACCAGCGAGCUUGAACGGGGACGGAAUCCUCAUCUCGAUAGCUCUUUGAUCCGGCAGCCAUCAUGAGCUCCGACUACUCGUACGACGAGGAGGGCACUCUCUGGCCUUUCUUCGCCUUCACCCUCACCUCACUCGUUACAGUUCCUCUCACAUAUGUCCUCGUCAAUCGCACGCGCGACCCCGCCGCUUCCUUCCCGCGCAUAAAAACCGACUACCGUCCCAAGCAUGGCGACCUUGUCGAUGCCCAGCGCAAGCAGGAGAAGCGCAAGAAUCGCAAGAUAUGGCUGGCCCUCAUGGUUGUCGCCGGAUGGUCUAUAAUGGCCUAUACCAUGUACUUGAUCUACGUCACACCUGUCCCGACACGAAAGCUGUGGAAUCCCUACGAUAUCCUGGGACUCUCCGAGUCGGCCACCGAGAAGGAGAUCAAGAGUAUUUUCAGGAAGCUGUCGCUCAAGUUCCACCCUGACAAGGUGAAGCCCGACCCGGCCAAGAACGAAACUAUGGAAGAUAUGAAUUCGAGAUACGUCGAGAUCUCCAAAGCCUACCAAGCACUCACCGACGAGGACGUCCGGAACAACUAUAUCCAAUACGGCCACCCGGACGGCAAGCAGAGCUAUAGUAUCGCUAUUGCACUGCCCAAGAUGAUGGUUUCCGAUGGAAAUGGGAAAUACGUCGUCCUCCUCUACUUCCUGCUCUUUGGAGUGUUGCUGCCGUACCUUGUUGGCUCGUGGUGGUAUGGUACCCAGAGACGGUCCAAGGAAGGCGUCCUGAUGGAGAGCGCGAACCGUCUCUUCCGCCAGUACGAGGACAAUAUCGACGAGGGCGGUGUCAUAACCGCACUUAGCUCGGGCAAGGAAUACGAGGAAGUUUUCAAGGGAGAUAGGGCCGACUCUGGCCUCUCCAAGGUAGAAUCGAGGAUCCUGGCAGAGGGAGAGACAUCGCCAUUCGUCGGGGGGCUCUCGGUUAAAGAGAAGGAGAAGCUCGAGGACCUCGAGAGUGGCCCACGGAGAAAGGCGCUCGCCCUACUAUGGGCAUAUCUCGGCCGCGUUGAACUGGACGAUGAUGCCUUGACGAGGACGAAGUACGAGGUCGGCCCCAUUGCCCACUCUCUCACCAAAGCCUUCACGGCGAUCUCUCUGGCCUAUGGCAAUACCGCCCCUAUCCUCGCUUCCUACUACGCCAGCCAACUGCUCCUUCAAGCCAUGCCUCCAAAGUCAUCACCCCUCCUCCAGUUGCCCUACUUCACGGCAGCGAUUGCCAAGGCUGUCGAGGGAGACUCCAGGACCCGCAUGACCGUGCAGGCGUUCCUAGACCAACCAGAUUCGAAGCGGCGAGAGCUCGCUGUCGGCAAGGACCGCCUGUCGGAAGAUCAGUACCAGGCAGCGGUCAACGUCGCCAAGCAGCUCCCCUAUCUCCGUGUUGCCAAGGCUUUCUUCAAGGUUGCGGGUGAACGGUUUAUCAUCCCUUCUUCGCUCGUAACCCUCGUCGUGAAGGGCCGCUUCGCCCCUCCUGGCAGCGAGAACAUCCCCGCAGUCAACGAGAUCGAUCUCGAGGACGUCGACCCGGCUGAGGAUGAUCUCGACGCAAUUCUGGGCCGGAAGACCAAAAAGCAGAUCGGCAAGGAUGAGAAGGGAAAGCCAAUCCUGUCGACCGAAAAUCAGGACCCCAUUUUCCCGCCGCUCGCCUUUGUGCCGCACUUCGCACGCGAUCACUCCCCACGCUGGCACGUCUUCUUGACCGACUCCAAGCAGGGGAAGAUGGCCGUCCCGCCAUUUACCUUCACCCAGUUUGAUCGGCCCAUCUUCGAGGCCGAUGGCAAGACGCCGACGUUCGCGAUGCAGACGCUCAAGGCGCAGUUUCAGGCCCCGCCGCAGGCUGGCCACUACACAUUCGUCAUGCACGUCGUAUGCGAUAGUUAUGUGGGCUUUGACACCAAGAUGGAGGUUACUCUAGUAGUUGAGGAGGCCAGCAAGGCUGCGCAGAUGGCGGAUGAGGAGGAGAUUAGCGAGCCCGAAGAAGACUCUCUGGCCGGGAUUAUGAACGCCGCUAAGGGCGGUGCACCGCCUUCGAAGCCACGGAAGAAGGAUGAAGAGGAAUCAGACGAGGAGAGCGGCACCGAGGAAGAGAUUGACGACACCAGUGACACGAACACCGACACUGAGCCAGAAAAUUAGACUAGUGGAAUUUGGGUGUACGUAUAGCACUUGCUUUGUAUCUAUCUAGGAUGCUAUGGGUGGCGUUUGAACGGGCUUUUUUUUUCUAUAGAAAUUCUGCACUGCGCUCGUAUCCCCCGUUUUCGAAGCAUUAUUCUUCCGAAGUCGGUCAUCCCACUGGGCAUGCCACAUACUUAUCUGGUGGAAGAAGUUCUGAUGGUAGAUCAGCUCUCCCCCCUAACCAUGACUGCUCCUACCUAAUUGGAGCACAUCUUUGGACAUAGGGCGCUCUAGUCUUUGUUGUAUUGAAUGUUGAGGAAAUCGAAGACUUUCAAGAGUUCAAGUCGCGAUCAGACCGUUGUCCGUAUAGACGGGAAGCCUCCUAUCAUUCUCGUCUAAUCCAAUCUAGUCGAG